AUGGAUUCUAUUAAUGAGAGAUGCACUAAUUCAAGUACAUUUCACUCUGUAUUUAAGUCAAAAGUAAUGAAGAAAUUGAAAAACUAUGCACUCCUGAAUAUAAUAAUUUUAUAGACAAGGCUAUCUACUUAUUGAAUAAUGGAUAAACAUUUUAAAAGCUUUUUGUUUGUCAAAAUAUUCAUUAAGCUACUGAAAUUGAUUUUUAUAUUCCAGAACUUAUUUCAUUAAUGAUUGUAAAUCUCUAUUCUCAUUAAUUUUAGAAUAAAGUUAAGAGUGAAGAGUCAUAAGUAAUUAAGGAAUUAAUCAAAGCAUUAAGUAUUAUCAUUACAUUACUCAAAGUACUUAUGAGAAUUUAUUAUAGGAAAAUGUAUUAAGCAAAAUCAAAGAAUAAUUUUUGAAAUAGCUUUAGGAGUUAUGUUUUAAUUAUUAUAAUACUCCAUUUUGUGAUUAAAUAUGCGAGCUAAUGCAAACUCUAUCUAAAUUUAUGGAAUUUGAUUUCGAACCCUAUCUACUUAUUUUAAAUGAGGAUAGUGUAAGGUAUGAAGGAUUGAAAAUUAUUUAAAUGCUCUACUCUUUUAUGACUAACGCUUAACAAACAUAAUCAUUAAAGCAUGUAAAAUAAUGUAUCAGUAGAAAAAAUGAACGUAUGUGCAGAAUAAUAGAUCAAGUCAUACUCAAACAUGAUAAAUUAUUAAUGAUAUUAAUUAGAGAUUAAGAUUGGUUAAAAAAUACAAUAUCAUUAAUUUCUGACUUUGAUAAAUAAGUUAGAUUAAAUGGAUGUAAAUUAUUUCUAACUUCUUGGAUAAAAAUGGAAGAAUAAGGUUAUGAUAAUCAUUACAAAUUUUAAGAUACUCUUCAAGAUAUCAUUCAAUUUAUAGAUGAUGAUUCCAAAAUUAUAAUUUUGUUAGCUUAAUGUAUUUCAACAAUUAAAACAGAAUCUAUUUAAUAGGCAUUUAUGGAUUACAUAAGACCCUAACCUAUUCAAAUUGAAUUAGUUAAGGAUUAUUAUCAAUAUAUCAAUUAAUUUGACUCUAAGAUUAGAUAACAAUAUGAUGAUUUUCUAAUAAAUCAGGUAUCUAAUCUAAUUGAUUCCAGUAAAGAAUUUAGUUUUCUUAAACAUCUUUCAGAUUUAUACACACAAGUCAAUGAAUAAACACAUCAAUAACUUCUAGGUCUUGUAUUUGGCAAUUUUGAAUUGAAUUAAAUUUUUUUCAUUCCUUAUCUACUUGAUAUCAUAAACAAAGGGAAUAGAAUAAAAAAUAGACAAUUAAAUGUUUAGUUACAAAGAACCUUUGACUUUUUAAAAAAGUCUAUUUUUCAUUAUGAAUAAAAAGGUCUUUGGUAUGAAGUUGAAGAGACUCUAAAUAUUUUAGAAUGUCUAGCUAAUAACUUAAACCUUAAAUCUGAAUUUAAUUAUUUAUGUUUCUCUUAUUUAUAAAUGGGGUCUUAACAUAUAAGGAAAAAAAUAUCUACUUAUUUGAUAGAUUAAAUAACAGAAAAUUAUGAUAAAAUUGUUCCAUAAUAUCUAUAAUAUCUUAAUCACACUAAUUAUACAUAUAGAGUAUUAUUGAUUGAGUUUUGUAUAUAAAUUUGUAGAAAGAGAAGCAGAAACUUUUUUAAAUAAUGCAACUUAAUAUAAGUAUUGUAAUUAUAAAAUGAUCCAGUUUAUAUUGUGAGAUUAAAAUUUGUAUAAUUAAUUUAUGAAAUGAGAUUGUUAUUUUGGAAUGAUGAAAAGGAUUUAGUAAUUAAAUUAUAAUAAAUAUUUCAAUAAUUUCUAACUGAUAAGAAAAUCAUUGUUUAAUAAGUAAAUAUUAAUAUAUAUUAAUUAAUUAGUUGGCCAAAGAAAUUAAUCAAAAACUUUAAUAAAUUCAUUUUCAUCAUCCUGAAACAAUUAUUAAAUAAGAUCAUGCUAAUAAUUUAAAAGAAAAUAUGGAAAACUUUUAAACUAAACAUUAAAUAAGACUCAAAACUCCUAUCAAAAAUAAUCCUACAGCUAGACUUCAUACUCCAACAAAUAAAGUAUCUUCAUAAACUCCAACUUUAAAAAAAUAAUAAAUAUUAUUUUCUAAACCUUAAACUAAAAGUACUUGCGUUCAAUUACCUAAGGUGCCUCCAAAAUAAAAUAUCUCUAAGACUUAGUCAUUUUAAAAAAAUUCUAAAGAUUAUUGA